GCCUGCGCCUCAGCCGACCCUUUUCCCCUCAGCGGCGGAAACGGAAGGGGUGAAACUCCCUUCGGAUUCAUGAUUGGCAUUCAUAAUCGAUGCCUUUCGGAUUCAAAACCGAGAGUUUCCUCCACGGAAUCUGAGGGGAGAGGCGGCCGCUGAGGCGAUGGCGGGAAACGAGGCCGCGGCCGCUGAGGAGAUUCCCAUCCCGCCUCCCCUUCCCCCGCGGACGGAGCUGAGCCGGCCGGAGAUCGAGCGCUACUCGCGGCAGCUGGUCCUCCCGGAGCUGGGCGUGCGCGGGCAGCUGCGGCUCUCGGCCUGCUCGGUGCUGGUGGUGGGCUGCGGCGGCCUGGGCUGCCCGCUGGCGCUCUACUUGGCGGCGGCCGGCGUGGGCCGCUUGGGCCUGGUCGACCACGACGCGGUGGAGCUGCACAACCUCCCCAGGCAGGUCCUGCACCGCGAGAGCCGCCUGGGCUGCUCCAAAGCCCGGUCCGCGGUCUCCGCCUUGAGGGAGCUCAACUCCUCGGUGCAGUGCGUGCCUUACGAGCUGGCCCUCGACCGGGACUCGGCCCUGGAGCUGGUGCGGGCCUACGACGUCGUGGCCGACUGCUCCGACAACGUGCCCACCCGCUACCUGGUCAACGAUGCUUGCGUGCUGGCGGGGAAGCCAUUGGUGUCGGCCAGCGCGCUGAGGCUGGAGGGGCAGCUGGUGGUGUAUGGCCACCAAGGGGGUCCUUGCUAUCGCUGCCUCUUCCCUAAGCCCCCUCCUCCAGAGACUGUCACCAACUGUGCAGAUGGAGGGGUCCUGGGGGUCGUGACUGGUAUCCUGGGGUCUCUCCAGGCUCUAGAGGUGCUCAAGAUCGCCACUGGCAUGGGGACCUCCUUCAGCCAGGUCAUGGUGCUCUUUGACGCCUUGGAAAGCAGGUUUCGGUACAUCAAGCUGAGGCCCAGGGACCCCAAUUGUGCGGUUUGUGGUGACCACCCUUCUGUGACCGCUUUGCAGGAUUAUGAACUCUUCUGUGGGUCUUCGGCUACAGACAAGUGUCGGACAUUGUGCCUUUUGCGGAAUGAGGAGCGGGUUUCGGUGGAAGAGUACAGGAAGAUAUUGGACAGCAACAUCCCUCAUAUCUUGGUGGAUGUCCGUCCCAAGGUUGAGGUUGACAUAUGCCGCUUGGCGCAGGCUGUCUUUGUGCCUUUAAGCAAGUUGCAAGAAAAAGAUGAAGGGUGUUUGCAGCUUCUGGUCCAGAGGAUAUGUGAAGCCAGGCAGAUGUCCAGUGAAAAUUCAGCUUUCCCAGUUUACAUCAUCUGCAAAUUAGGAAACGACUCUCAAAAGGCAGUGAAAAUAUUGCAGGGAUUGUCUUGUCCUGGGUCAGGUUUAAUUUCUGUUAAGGACAUCAAAGGGGGACUUAUGGCUUGGGCUACGAAAAUCGAUCCUGAGUUCCCUCAGUAUUGAUUUUAUAUAGUGAUAAUCAUAUUUCGAGAACUUGGAGUUGCACUGAUCUUUGUCCUGGUUAAGAUUUUUUUUUAAAAAAUAAUGUACUGAAAAAGUCUACAGUGGCAUAUUGAAAUAUUUACAGUUUCUCUUCAUUAAGUAAAAAAGGACCCAAA